UUCCGCGCCUUGCUUGGUCACCAUUGCCGUCUGCUCGCAGCCUCGCGUUCUUGGAUCGGUUCCACGCGCAAACCACGCCACCCGUUGGAAAUCUACGAGCUCUCUCGACGCCGCGCGCGGCUGCCGCGUCCGGGAAGCCAUCGAGCCAAUGCCGCUGCUCGCGCCGAGCCCGCGCGCGCUCUGCCGGGACCUCUACUGCGCCGCCGCGGCGCGGGAGCAGUCGGCCCCGUCCUCCGUGCCGGCGUGCUCGACCGUCGGCGGGGCGCGGCCGCUGGGGCUGUGGCGAGGCGGCGGUCGCGGGGCGAGGGCAGGGAGAGGGGUGAGGGCGGAGGCGGCCUACUUCUGGGACGCGUCGGUGCCGGUGGAGAUGGGCGAGAUCGACAGCAUGGAGAAGCUCGACGCCGCGCUCGCCUCCUCCGCCGAGCACAACCAGCCCAUCAUCAUCGACUGGAUGGCAAGCUGGUGCCGGAAAUGCAUUUACCUCAAGCCCAAGCUGGAGAAGAUAGCAGGAGAAUUCCCAGGAGUCAGGUUUUACUUUGUGGAUGUCAAUAAAGUUCCACAGGCCGUGGUAAAAAGAGGGAAUAUAAGCAAAAUGCCCACUAUUCAGCUGUGGAAGGACGGAGAAUGGAAGGAGGAAGUGAUAGGAGGCCAUAAAGCGUGGCUGGUGAUGGAUGAGGUUAGAGAAAUGAUCCAGAAGUACAAGUGACUGAUUACAUAACAUACUGUAUAUAGAGGUUUGAGAUGAUCUCCUCGGACACUGUAACCCGAUCAAUAAAACUAUAUUCCAGCUCCUUAAUACGUGCAACAGAGCUGGCCUAUACUAUUAAUCUGUUGCAAGAUUUCACUUGAAUA